GUGAGCUCUCUCCACGCCUUUCACCUCCUUCCGAAAAAGCAAAAACAACAUCAUCGUGCUGAAGAAGUUGACGGUUAACAGAGGUUUAACGGAGAUUUAACGGAUAUUUCGGACUGCAGAGCUCUUUGUCGUCGAGUCCUCUGACAUUAAGAGGUGAUGGCGGAGCAGAACAUGGAGGCAAAGCUGAAAAACCAGCUGAAGCAGGAGAAGAUCCAGCUGUGGAACCCUCCGUACACUGAUGACAACAACCAGCCAGGACAGCAGCACAUGCAGGAGCUGGCAGAGCGCUACGCCCCUCUGCUGUGUCUGCCGGUGCAGGAGGUAGGAGGCGCUCUGGAGGCGAUCAGAAUGCAGGCAGUGAACAGAGGGAAAGGAAACAAGAUGUUCAGAGAGACAAACGUGGCCACGCUUGAGCUGCUGCUGCCCAGACACUGCAGGAAGGAUCCAAAGACAAAGAACCGGCUGAAGACGAGACUGGAUGUGCUGGUUCAGGAGGUGGUGGACAGGAUUGGAGAGGAGUACGGCCUCAAAUAUAUCAAACUGAUCCUCAAUGGGAAAACUUUGUGUGUAGACCAGAAUCUGGACCAGCAGGGUGUGAAGAACCAUAGUAAGAUGAUGGUGCUGAAGGUGAGUGACGCCGAGUGGAAACAGCUGAAUGAAGAAGAGGAGGAGAAGAAGAAGAACCAGAAUGAGAGCAUCCAGAGGACCCAGAAAUGUUUCCAGAUCCUGUCAGAGAGAGAUGGCAGUGAAGACACCGUGCCUUUCCUGGAGAUUGGAGACCAAAGCGGAAACCCACUUAAGAUCCCCCAUAAGUUGAAGAAGGCUCUGAUCCUGGCCAUGGGUUUCCAUGAGAAAGGUCGCUCUCUGAUGAAGAAGAAGCAGUUUGACAACGCUCUGUGUCACCUGCUGCAGGCUGACCAGCUGUUCAGUAAGGUCGGCUCCACUCUGCUCAGCUCGGUGGAUAACUUCGCUGUGCUGCAGCUGGACAUCGUGUGGUGUUACCAAGCUCUGGAGGCUCUGUCCUGUCUGGAUGACGGCAAGAGUCGGCUGCAGAGAGCCGAGGACUGUUUCCUGCAGUGUUACGGAGAGCAGAAGCAGAGGCUGCUCAUGAUUAAGGGUAACACAGGCAGAGAGGAGGUGUUGUUUCUGCGGCUGUACCUCCUCCAAAGUCUUCUCUCCUACAUCGAAGGAAACGACGAUCAGGCUCAACGCCAACUGUCCAAAGUAGAGUCUCUGUACAGCCGUCUGUGUCCGGACUCAGAGAAAAUGGCUCAGCUGAUGGCUCUUGGUUUCACUGAGAGAGAAGCUCGACUUGGCCUCCGAGCCUGUCAGGGAGACCUGCAGGAGGCUGCCAUCCACAUCUGCAACCAGAGACAGGAGCGAGAGGAGCUGAAGCAGAGGGAGAGGCAGAAGAGGAGCAAGAGGAUGGAGGACAUCUCCACUCUCACAGAGAUGGGAUACUCCAGAAGGGAUGCUGCCAGAGCUCUGCACCUCGCUGACGGAGACAUGAACAAAGCUUACGAAAUCCUCCAGGACUCUACUCAAGUUGCCCAGGCGACCAAUAACAACACAGAGGGGGUAGUCGAUCCGGAGAAGGUGGAGCAGCUGUUGUAUCUGGGUUUUGAACGGGGUGUCUCUGAAGCAGCUCUGAGACUAACAGGUGGAGAUGUCCAAUCAGCGACUCAGCUGCUGCUGGACAACCAGGGAGUCCUCUCCCCGGAGCUCCUGUCUGUGUCCCCGCCCUCCACCUCCUCUUCCUCCUCACCCUCCUCUGAGGAGCCCAGCACCUCCUCCAACUCCACAGCCGACAACGAGUUGGUGAAUGAGGUGUUAGAGGACAUCUCUCGUCACGAGGAGGAUUACCUCGAUCUGACGCUGGAGGAGGAAAGCGAGCUCAUUGCCACCAUGAAGUCAUACCUGAGCCGAGGGCCCUCACAUGCUGUGUGACAACGCACCCACACACACAGUCAGGGUGCUUUACUUACCCUCUGUUUAAAAGCAAUACAUGUGUUGUUUUCUGCAGUUAUUUCACUCAUUAAGUUAAAGGCAGUACAGUGCCAAAGCUGAGGCAUCAAACGAACUUCAUCUCCAAAAUAACAACGCCACUCUUCAUCAGACAGUUUUAAUUAUCAGCAAUAAUGCAGCUGUUCAAUGGUUUCAACAAGCUUGUUACUCCACAUCAGGUAAAAAGUAUAAAAAGAUUUUCUGCUGUCACGUGACAGAUAUUCAUGUCCAGAUUAUAUUUGAAACUAUAAUUGGUUAAAACUUUUAAGACUGCUGUUUAAGAUUUUUCCCUCUGAAUAGAUAAAUAUUGUUUUGUUUUGUUUUGUUUUAAUGAAAUCAUUAGUUGUUGUGACAUUUUCUUUUGUUGAACCAAAGAAACUUUUUUUUUUUUUUUUUAAAAAAGACAGUUGCUUGAAGUGAUUUUUGUUUAGAAACCGUUUGACGACAACAAGAAAAGUUUUGUGAUGUCGCAGCAGUUUGUCAAAUUUUAUUUAGUGAUUGUCUCAUGUUGAUGGAGCCAAUAAAGAAAAUGAAGGGUUCAUUUAUUAACUAUUAAGUACA